AUGGCACAACAGGCCUCAGAACCAACUACUCGACAAGUGCGACAAUUAUUCGGGAAACUCUAUGACCAAGCGGCCGGGCUCGCAGAAUCGCUUCGGCCAUGCCGUUGCGGCGCGCGGGGCCACGCGCGAGACGACCAGGACCUGAACGCGGUGGUCCAGGAGCUGCUGCCCGUCCGACAGCGAGUGGGAGGCUGCAUCUGCGGACCGCCGUGUGAUGGGACAUCCGUUGACCAUGCGAGCGACGAGUUCCUGGAGGAGAUGCUGGCUGGACUCCUGUGGGACUACAAUGUACUUCAUGAAAACCUCGUACCGUGCGACUGUGCUGAUAAGCCCGAAGUCGUCGAGGAUACUCCCGUACCGGUUGUCGAGCAAAAUCCCCCGCCCUUCCUGCGCCUUCCGCUGGAGAUCCGCAACAUUAUAUAUUGGCUGGUGCUGGGGCCACCACCGCCAGCACGCGAGAAUGGCAGCCGGGGGUUCGUCAGAGUCGUCCAGAGACUCCUCGGUCCAGCCGAGGACAUCAUGGACCGCGCGUUGCAGCGCCCGCGCUCCUCGAUAGAUAUGGGUGGGGAGCCGCCUCAUGGCUUGACUUUCGAGUUUCAAGACGAGCGGCUCCAAACGGAAAAUCACCGUGGUCGCUGGGCCCUUCUCUUUGUCAACAGGCAGAUCGGGAGGGAGGCCGAGAUUGAACUUUGGCGUCGGAUCUUCGUCGAUGGCGUGGUGUUAUCUAUUAUGCCUGAUGUUAAUUUGCCGGGAGAUGAUUAUUACGGCGUACUUGCUGCUUGGACUUGGUUCCAUAACUACCAUGAUAUCUACUUACAGCAGAUACGGCGACUGCAGCUCACCCUCAAGGAGCCCGCGAGGGGACCACUUUACUUGAAUGAUGCCAGAACGGAGAGGACCAAGAGAGUUGAAAAACCGUACCCGCUGGGAAGGUCAAACGGGGUGGAGUUUUUGAACCCAGUGUUAGACACCGUGGCGGGCGAUCUUCCCAACCUGCAGGAGCUGUCAGUGACGAUUGGCGGUCUUCCACCCGACAUGCGCUUCGGCUCCCCGUGGGAAGAAGGCCAUCGUCUUCAGGGCAGGCUUCGGAGCUCGAGGCCCUGGGUGACGCGCCUGCAAAGCAUACGCGGGUUGAGGCGCUUGAGGCUGCGUUUCAUCAUCUCGCCACUGUCGAUGCAGGAGCCGGACUCAGCUUCAAGUUUUUUCGACGACGACCCUUCGGCCGUAAAUAAUGAUUUCGAUGUACGACGUACCGUGCAUUUCGUAAGCACGAUGCGGGGUUCGAUGCUGGUCAAUGGACAGGCACUUGGUGAUAGGCACAUACGACGUCGUGCUACGAGGCGUGUCGAGGGAGAGACGACAGAGGUGAUAGUGGUCGAAUGCGACGACAGUUGGGAUGAGGAAACAGGGGAACACAUACACCAUCGCGAGCAUCGCGAGGGUGAUGACCCCGACGAUAGGACUUGGGAUGAUGGUGACUUGAACGAGGCGCCGCCGGGUGCCUGGAUCGAGGAGUCGCCGUGA